UAUUAGACACACAUUUAGCAGUGUGCGAAAAAAGCUAGCAAUAGACCCACAAACACAGAGACAAAAAAAAAAGGAAGGAAAAGAAAAUAAAGAGAGACAAAAUGAGGAAGAAUCAUGUGCGUUUGAACUGUGGCAUUACAAUGCCUCUUAUUGGACUUGGCACUUAUUCUUUCCCAAAUGAUAGGAACAUAACUGAACUUGCCAUCCACAAUGCUCUUCAGAUUGGUUAUAGGCAUUUUGAUACAGCAAAGAUAUAUGGUUCUGAGCCAGCAGUGGGAAAGGCAUUGAAUGAUGCAAUGUUUGAUGGAGUUGUAGAAAGAGAGGAUAUUUUCUUGACAUCAAAACUAUGGGGGAGUGAUCACCAUGAUCCUGUUUCUGCAUUGAAAAGAACUCUACAGAACUUGGGAAUGGAAUAUCUGGACAUGUACCUGGUGCAUUGGCCUAUAAAGUUGAAGCCAUGGGUAAACUAUCCAGUGCCUAAUGAAGAUGACUUUGAAAACUUGGACUUUGAAGUCACAUGGGCAGGGAUGGAGAAAUGCCUUCAAAUGGGGCUCUGCAGAUCCAUUGGGGUUAGCAAUUUCUCUUCCAAGAAGAUUCAUUGGCUCUUAGAUUUUGCUUCCACACCUCCAGCUGUUAAUCAGGUGGAAAUGCAUCCGAUGUGGAGGCAAGAGAAGCUGAGAGAGACAUGUGGGGACCACAAGAUCCAUGUAAGUGCCUAUUCACCACUGGGUGGGCCAGGGAAUGCAUGGGGGUCCACUGCUGUUGUUCAUAAUCCCAUCAUCCAAUCAAUUGCCUUCAAACACAAGGCAACUCCUGCACAGGUUGCAUUGCAAUGGGGACUGUCAAGGGGGUCAAGUGUGAUUGUGAAGAGCUUCAAUGAAGAAAGAAUGAAGGAAAACAUGGCAUCAUUUGAUCUGAAAUUGAGUGAGGAAGACAUAUUGGAGAUUCAGAAAUUGGAGCAAAUCAAGAUUAUGAGAGGGGAAUUUCUUGUUAAUGAAACCACAAGUCCCUACAAAACAAUUGGAGACCUUUGGGAUGAUGAAAUUUGAAAGUGUUUUUUUUUUUUUUUUUUUUCCCUUGUACAACAAUUAGUUUUAUUUUUACAAGUACAUUUAUUCUGUGUAUAUUUAACUUGUGUUAUUGUUCAAUAGUUGUAUUUCUUUUUCUUCCUCAACAACUAUCAAUAUCCUUCAGAGUUUCUGCAAGUCCGAUUAUUGAAUAAUACUCAAACUGAAACUUGAAACAGAAACAUUUUCAAUCAUUUUCUUUUUAAAGAUAAACUGAAGCAAUAAAAGACAGAAGGAAUAAUUUAGAACUAACAAGCAAUCACUUAAGUAUUACUAUUACAACCAAAUUCACGCUGCAAAACCCACGAAAAAAUAACCAAUACUAAAAACAA